AUGAGUACUCACGGGAGAACCAUUGGACAUCUUACAGUUGACCAGGUAAUAGAUGCAUUAUGGACACCAGAGGAACAUAAUCGAGGACUUCAGAGCAUAUUGGACCGGAAUAGAACGAUUAAGGCACUUCUAGCUCGAGUUGCACUUGAACACGACCAUGUCGAGUUCAAACAUGGUCGUGCAAAGAUGGAAAAUUCUCAGUUAGUGGUAAGGGAAUCAGGAGAAGAAGCAAAUGGAACCAAGAGGAAGCAACCAUCAACCGCUGCUGCUGAAUUACCUCCUAAAUCAAAAAGGGUAGUAGCUAAACGAUCGAAGGUAUGGGACCAUUUUACCGAACUCCAUAAUAAUCCAGAAAAAUGUUCGUGCAACUAUUGUGGUGCUGUGUUGAGUGGGGCUUCAUCAUCUGGGACUAGUAGUUUAAAAAGUCACAUAGUCAACACUUGCAAAGUGUACAAAAAACUUGUUGAGAAUGGAUCUCAAAAAGUUCUGGUACAUGAUAAGCAAGAAGAUGGCGAUACUAAGCUUAUUGCAGUUGGCUUUAGUCAAGAGGCAUGUAGAAGAGCAACUAUUAAGAUGGUCAUAAUGGAUGAGUUACCAUUUGCUUUUGUGGAGGGUGCUGGAUUCAAACUUUUUUGCAGUGUUGCUUGCCCUUCCUUUGUGAUCCCUUCGAGGAAAGUAGUUGCAAAGGAAAUCUAUCAGUUUUUUCUGAGUGAGAAGGCUAGUCUGAAGGGAUUGUUGAAUGAGAACAAGCAAAGAAUUUCUUUGACCACAGAUAUUUGGACUUCUAUCACAACCGUCAGCUACAUGGUUAUCACUGCCCAUUUUAUUGAUAGUACUUGGAGAUUGAAUAGGAAAAUCAUCGGUUUUGCACCUAUAUCAAAUCAUAAAGGGGAGACGAUUGCAAAUCAGCUUGAGAGAUGCUUGAAAGAUUGGGGUGUUGAUAAAGUAUUCACAAUAACUGUGGAUAGUGCUAGUGCAAACGACAGUGCUAUUAAAAUAUUAAGGAAGAGGCUGAGCACUUGGAAUGACGAUACGCUUGUGUUGAACGGUGAUUUUAUGCAUAUGCGUUGUGGAGCACACAUUCUCAAUUUAAUUGUGAAAGAAGGAUUAUCGGAUAUGGGCGAUAGUGUGAUCAGCAUUCGUAACGCAAUUAAGUAUGUGCGGUCAUCGGAUUCAAGAUUGCAAUCAUUUCGAAGUCGAGUAAGAAGUGGUAUAUUUAGUAGAGGUAGUCUGGUUUUAGAUUGCACUACUCGAUGGAAUUCAACAUUUCUAAUGUUGACUUCAGCUUUGAAGUACAAGGAAACAUUUAGGCGGAUGGAAUUGGAAGAUAAACUUUAUGAUGACUAUUUCCGCGAAGAUGAUGAAUCUAGAAUUGGAAAAAAAAGGAAUGGUCCUCCUUCAGAGAAUGAUUGGGAUAAUGCUCAACGAUUGGUACGUGUCUUGAGAGUAUUUUAUGAAUCGACUUUGGCAUUUUCAGCUACAAAAAAAGUAACUUCCAGUGGUUGCUAUAAUGAAAUCCUAAGAGUUGAAUCGGUUUUAGCAACGUUGAUGAACAGCUCUGAUCAUAACUUGAGUACGAUGGCUGAGAGUAUGAAGUGCAAGUAUGAUAAGUAUUGGGAAGGAACAGAAAAAAUUAAUAAGUUGUUGAUUAUAGCCUCUGCGUUUGAUCCGAGAAGCAAAAUGACCUUUAUAACGCAUUGCUUUGAGAAAUUAUAUGGUAAAGAUAGUGUUAAGGCUGCUGAAGUGAAAAGGAACAUUAUGGAUGUGUUGCGGAGAUUGUUCGACUUAUAUUACACAUGGUCCAAAGCUUCAGAUGUUGUGGAGAGUGGAAGUAAACAUUUAUCGAAUGGUGAUAUCAAUUUAUGUGUGAUACCUACGGACCUUGAUCUUGACAUUGAUUUAGAAAAAUAUGAUAAUCCUUUUGCUUCAUUUAGUCAAAUGAUAGCACAUGGAGGAGAUGUCGAAGGAUCACUUACUGAGUUAGAUCUUUACUUGAUGGAAAAACUUGAAGUGGUAAGAUCUAACAACUUGAGUUUGGAGUUUGAUAUUCUAUUGUGGUGGAAGAUAAACAGUGGAAAAUUUCCCAUCUUGGCACAAAUGGCGAAAGAUAUAUUAGCAUUUCCUGUUUCUACAGUUGCUUCUGAAGCUGCGUUUAGUACCGGAUGUCGCAUUUUAGAUCAGUAUCGGAGUUCUUUAAAUCAUGAUAUGGUUGAAGCGUUGAUUCUUACACAAAAUUGGCUACAAUAUCCACUUUUUUCCGAUGCAACACGUAGCCUCAAAGACGUGAUAGCAGAAAACGAUUUUAUGUUUAAUAUGGUAGAAGAACUUCGUGGAGAAAUAUCAAAGGAUGCUUAG